AUGGCCCCUCCAAAACAACUCGGUGCUUUGUCAAAUGACAUCACUCUCGGAGUUUAUAUCUUCAUUUUGACUUUUCAAGGUCUAUGUGCGACUAUUAAUGGGUACAUACUGUACCUUUUCGCAGUAAGAAGAGAUCUACGAAAAAACAUGCACAUGAGACUCGUAAUUUUCCUAUCUCUCGGAGACUUCCUUCUGGCUAUUGGAGAACUUCCGUAUAUCAUCUAUAUGACUAUAAACUGGAGCCAUAAAGAAAUAGACUACGAUCCAUUGUAUAUAAUGAUUACUGCGCAACCAUUGCCACUACAAUUGAAAGUUUCAGCAACGAUUACUGUAGGAAUAGCGUUGGGAAGGAACAUUGCACUUUUCUUCCCUUCAAUAUACCGAAAAAUGGAUCAAGGAGACUUCUCGAAUGGUGUUAUUCUCAUGGCUGUCUUUUUGGCUCUUUUCGAUGAUUUUCUCUAUUGGUAUACUACAAAACUAGAGCAUCAUUUGAAUUGUGGAACUAUUGGGUGUUUUGUAAGCGACGAAUUCCGAUAUUAUUGGGGAAUCUCAAAUAUGAUUCUUGGUUUAAUGGCAGUGGUACUAUCUAUCACAAUAUUCUUGAAACUUCGCCUAGUAUCAAAAGCAAAGGACUCAGUGAGCACUCAGCAAGGGACUAAUAGAUACGCAAAGGCUAACAGAACGUCGACUGGAAUUCUAAUGUCAUCUUUAUUGUUUCUGACAGUCCCGAGUGUUUGUGUUGGAGUGGUUGAGCUGACCGGUUUCUCGAUUUUCAAGUUAAUCGGACCAUUUUAUUCUGCCUGCCUGUUGGUUAGUGGUUGUUGCAAUGGUAUCAUUUUCAUUGCAAGCAACUGGGAUAACGUAAAACCGAAAAAGAAGCAAUCUUCUUCGAUUUUAGUGCACAAACCAUCUACAGGACUCUCGGUGGCAAACUCGGGUGGAGGAUGGCAGUAA